AUGAGCCCAGUAAACAGUCUGUGGUUCAAGUGGAAGAGCUUGAAGCUCCCCUGGCGGCGAUUUUUCUUGAUCGGCCAGGACCUGGCUGGGAAUACCUUCUGGGAGUUCAGGGACUCCAACACUGCCGGGCGUCUCCGGCGCAUCGUGAAAUACAACCCAAAGACACACUAUGCCGAUGUCAAGGUGUCGCCGCAAUGGCACCAAUGGCUGCGAUACGUUCGACCGGAACCGCCUUCGAUAAUAGAGCAGCAGCAGGAACUUGUGCGGCAAGAGCAGAUCAAGCACCUCGCCAGACUUGCGGAUGAGCGAUGGGCCAACAAACGCUCGUAUCUUGACAAGCCCCAAGAGCAGCAACCGGGACCUGCAAUAGAUUCGCAAACGCCUGCAUAUCAUACUGGCCCAAAACCAACCGCUGAGCAAGCCGGUGUCCGUUCUGCAAUUGGCAGCGAAUCGGAGCUUGGAGAGCAAGGGAAGACGAAGAAAAAGCGGACAAAGAUUAGCCCUUGGGAGAAAAGUGCUGGGGCACCUGGUGAAAAAUGGCAGCCAGAAGCAUGGACCCCUUCUGCGACUAAGAGAUAA